UUAAAAAAAAAAACCGCGUGAAAACUAAAUAUUGGAGGCCAAUGUUUCUGUUCGAGGGUGAGUCAUCAUCGGCCCGAUAGCCCCAAAAACUAGAGCCCAACAUCUGGAGUAAACCGGAAAGUCGCCGACGAUUGGCGAUCUCCCUCGCGAUCUCACUAGAUUGCGGAUAAUCGGAGAGAGAAAGAAGAUGAAGAAAGAGGAAACAGUUAAACUGAUCAGCGCUGAAGGGAUGGAAUUUGUUAUUGACAAGGAAGCUGCCAUGCUUUCUCAAACCAUCCGUAACAUGCUUACUUCUCCAGGUGGUUUCGCGGAGACGGAGCAUGGGGAAGUGACUUUUCCGGAGAUAAGUGCUUUGAUUCUUGAGAAGAUCUGUCAGUAUUUUUAUUGGAAUCUUCAAUAUUCCAGGGGUAAAGAGACCGAGUUCCACAUUGAACCUGAACUUACUCUGGAGCUGAUGAUGGCUGCUAAUUAUCUCCAUACUUAGUUGAUUACUUUCUUUCCUUCUUAGAUGCCAGAUGGUGCCUUCCUUUAUUGAACUUCUGGGUGAAGCUGAAACGACUUCAUGCGAAUGACAGAGUGGUGAUAUUCAAAUGUGUCAUUGCUGUUUUUUCUUUUUUUAAUUUCUUUUUGCAGUGCUGAUUGAAUGAUUGUUCAAGGGACAUCAAUUGUAUUCCAGAUAACUGCUGAAGAUGUUCAUGUCUUGUAUAUAUGUUGCUAUGAAUUGCAAGAAACUUA